GAAUUGCUCGAAACGGUCAAAAGUUUCUGUUGGAGAACUCCACGAUUGCUAAUAAGCAAGUGACAGCAAGUUCCCUCAAAGGACUUGGGGUUUCGUUAAUACCAGCGAAAGAAGGAAAUUUUCUCGUAGCUGAGAGGAUUUUCUCGGGAGGUCGAGAAACUGCGGGAAUAUUUUUUCGAUAUGCCGAGAGAAGGGGAAGGAGAAGGAGGAGGAGGAGGAGAGAGCUUGACGAGAGUGUCUUCGACUUCGGGCGGCUCCACCAGAUUGCGAACGAGGCCGGACCCUUUCUUGGUGGUGUGUAAGUGCUUCAGCGUCAUAACCUCUCUUACGGCCAUUCUCUGUAUUGCUGUUAAUAUUCUCUCCGCCAUUCGAUCUUUCAAGGACGGAUCUGAUGUUUUCGAUGGGAUAUUUCGGUGUUAUGCAGUUUUGAUUGCAGCUUUUGUGGUUCUGGCCGAGACAGAGUGGGAAUUCAUCAUCAAGUUCUGGAAGGUUCUGGAGUAUUGGGCUGGCAGGGGUAUGCUGCAGAUCUUCGUUGCUGUUAUGACAAGAGCUUUUCCUGAUUAUUCUAGCAAGCAGAAGGACCUUAUUCUUCUUCAGAACAUAGCAAGCUAUUUGCUUCUUGCUUGUGGUGUAGUCUAUGUUUUUAUGGGAAUCCUAUGCAUUGGCUUCCUCAAACGUUCUCGCCAGCAAAAAGAAACUACAAGGGAGCAGGCAGUAAAGGAUCUAGAGGAAUUGGAGCGGCGUAGGGAGGAACUUGAACAAUUACUUAUCGAGGAAAGGGCUUGAAGCAUUUUGCAAUGGUAGCUCAAAAUUUAUAACAUUGUUGAGCGAAUCGUCAUUUCAUCUGUGACGCUUUGCAAUAGCAGCCAAAAUUUGUAUCAUUGUUGAGGACAACAGAGGCCACCAAACCAAUUCCUGUGAACUGUUUUAACUAAGACAACAAUGCUCUUGUUCUUACAUUCAUUGAUCUGUUAGUUUGGAUACAAGAUAGGAGCCUAUUUAUUUUUGUAUACAUGUGGAACGUCAAAUUUUGUUUCAUUAUCUGAAAAUUAUGAGUGUGAUUUAUUUCAAA